AUGAACCAGCAGCAGCCGGCGACCGGAAACUUCACAAAGUUCUUCAAGCCGAUGCUGAGUGACACGGUAGCGCAAGUUCUCUCCACGACGAAGCACUACGCUGCAAUCCGUAUGGGCACGAAUGAUGGGAGCACCACUGUUCCACAGCUCUACUGCUUGGCACAGUGCGCUCCUGACCUGGUUCAAGAUAUCUGCUACAACUGCAUCCAAAAUUUCAGCGACCUGGCCACAGCCAACUUCGCCGGGCGGCGAGGGGGCGUGUUCUUGGUCUGCGGUGCAGUUUGA